AUGGCAAAAUCAGUUAAUUUUCAGUUGUGCAUCAUUUGUCAAGUUAUAGGGGAAGAUAAUCUUGUUGGAAAACCCAGUUCUCAUGAAAAGCUUUUAAGUGCAAUCAAAGAACGUGCGAAAUAUGGAGAUGUUAAGUUAGCAGAGUUGUGGUCAGUUUUGAAGGACGUUCCAUUUAAAGAAAUUGAAGAGAAAGUGUCAUGGCACAGGAAAUGCUAUCAAGAUACCACGCACUCGGGAAUGUUAAAAAGAGCAGGAGAAAGAUACGAAAGAGAGGUAGCUGGUCCAGAUGAAUCAAGGCGAAAACCUAGUAACAGUCCUCAGGUAAAUAUUAUAAAACUGGCCAUGUUCUUAUCAGACAAUUCAGUUAUUAGUUGAUUGAGCUUUUAAUCUGUUUUAAGACUGAAAGCUCCAUAGUCCUAUCUUUCUUCGAAAUUUCCAUGUACAUAUUAUUUCCUAUAAACACACAACACACCUAAACUAUCCGGCUUUUUACACGUAUUAAAAUUCUUAAUUUAUGUUUAAUUUUGUAUUUAACCAACAACAGGGACUUUUAACGCGUUCAAAGACUGCUCCCUAUGACCGGGUUGUCAGUUUCGUUUGUGAUGGAGAGGCAAAAUAUCAGCAACCACCACACAUGGUGUCCACAAAGUCUGCCGGUAGUUCUUUAGAAGCUGCAGUUAAGACGUCUGGUGAUCCAAAGCUUCUAGUUAAACUCUCCACUGCACUGGAUGGUCAAGACGCUCAUGCAAUUGACGUCAAAUACCACAAGAACUGCUGGGCAAAGAACGUCACAGGAGUUCUUCGCAAGUCGUCUUACACAGAGGGUCAUGGAGAGGAAACCAGUGAGAUAGCAGCUAAGAUCGAGUUUUUAACAAUGACAGAAACUGCUCUGAAUAGUGGAGAGAUUAUGAAUAUGGCUCAACUACAGGACGCCUUUGAAUGUAUUUGUCGUGAAAACAAUGUGCAAUCGAAAUCUUGGAACCGAAAGUCAAUCAAGGAGCUUAUUCAAAGGGAAGUAGAAGGAGUAGAGUUCCACAAGCCAAAACGAGUAAAUGAGUCUGAAAUAAUCAGUGUAAAGAGGUGCAGAGAUAGUGCUAUUCAUUAUCAGAGUCCUUGA